CGCUCGCCUCAGGCCCAAGAUGGCGGCCACCACACAGGGGCUCCUGCCGGUCGCUCUCCGCCGCUGAGCGCGCGCCUGCUCUGCUCGCUCUAGAACCUGCGUUUUACUGGGGGUUGGGAAGGGCGGUGGACGGUGCUGGGGGAGCACGACCAGGCAGCACCUUGUAGGUAACCAUUACUGGACCAGAAGGAUGACAUCUAUCAUCAAAUUAACUACCCUCUCCGGGGUCCAAGAAGAGUCUGCUCUUUGCUAUCUUCUCCAGGUUGAUGAGUUUAGGUUUUUGUUGGACUGUGGCUGGGAUGAACACUUCUCUAUGGACAUUAUUGAUUCCCUGAGGAAGCAUGUUCACCAGAUUGAUGCGGUGCUCCUGUCUCACCCCGACCCACUCCACCUUGGCGCCCUCCCAUUCGCUGUGGGGAAGCUGGGUCUGAACUGUGCCAUCUAUGCCACCAUUCCUGUUUACAAAAUGGGGCAGAUGUUCAUGUAUGAUCUCUAUCAGUCUCGCCACAAUACAGAAGAUUUUACCCUCUUUACAUUAGAUGAUGUGGAUGCAGCCUUUGAUAAAAUCCAGCAGCUAAAAUUCUCUCAGAUUGUGAACUUGAAAGGCAAAGGACAUGGUUUGUCUAUCACACCCCUGCCAGCUGGCCAUAUGAUAGGAGGAACAAUAUGGAAAAUAGUCAAAGAUGGGGAAGAGGAAAUCGUGUAUGCCGUUGACUUCAACCACAAGAGGGAGAUCCACUUAAAUGGAUGUUCCCUGGAAAUGCUAAGCAGACCCUCUCUACUUAUCACAGAUUCAUUUAAUGCUACGUAUGUGCAGCCUAGAAGGAAACAGAGAGACGAGCAGCUCCUGACAAAUGUCCUGGAAACUCUUCGGGGUGAUGGAAACGUCCUCAUAGCGGUGGACACAGCAGGCCGAGUUCUGGAGCUUGCUCAGCUUCUUGAUCAGAUUUGGAGAACUAAAGAUGCAGGGCUGGGUGUUUAUUCACUGGCACUCCUGAAUAAUGUCAGUUAUAACGUGGUGGAGUUUUCCAAAUCACAGGUAGAAUGGAUGAGUGAUAAAUUAAUGAGAUGUUUUGAAGACAAAAGAAAUAACCCAUUUCAGUUUCGCCAUCUCUCUCUGUGCCAUGGUCUUUCUGACUUGGCUCGAGUUCCAAGCCCCAAAGUUGUACUUGCCAGCCAGCCUGACCUUGAGUGUGGAUUCUCAAGGGACCUCUUUAUUCAGUGGUGUCAGGACCCGAAAAACUCAAUCAUUCUAACUUAUAGAACAACUCCUGGGACUUUAGCACGUUUCUUAAUUGAUAAUCCUUCUGAGAAAGUUACAGAAAUCGAGCUGAGGAAACGCGUGAAGCUUGAAGGGAAAGAACUUGAAGAAUAUGUGGAAAAAGAGAAACUAAAGAAAGAAGCUGCUAAGAAACUUGAGCAAUCGAAAGAGGCAGACAUCGACUCCAGCGACGAGAGUGAUGUGGAGGAAGAUAUCGACCAGCCUUCGGCUCAUAAGACAAAGCAUGACCUCAUGAUGAAAGGGGAAGGCAGUCGCAAAGGCAGCUUCUUCAAACAGGCCAAAAAAUCCUACCCUAUGUUUCCUGCCCCAGAAGAAAGAAUUAAAUGGGACGAAUACGGAGAGAUCAUCAAACCAGAAGAUUUCUUAGUGCCAGAACUUCAGGCUACUGAAGAAGAAAAAAGCAAAUUAGAAUCUGGUUUGACAAAUGGAGAUGAGCCCAUGGAUCAGGACCUGUCUGAUGUUCCCACCAAGUGUGUUUCUGCAACAGAGUCUAUUGAGAUAAAAGCCAGGGUUACUUACAUAGACUACGAAGGACGCUCUGACGGAGACUCCAUUAAAAAGAUCAUCAAUCAGAUGAAACCACGGCAGUUGAUCAUUGUCCAUGGCCCACCAGAGGCCAGUCAGGAUCUGGCUGAGUGCUGCCGUGCAUUUGGUGGGAAAGAUAUUAAAGUAUACAUGCCAAAGCUACACGAAACAGUUGAUGCCACAAGCGAAACGCAUAUCUACCAGGUCAGAUUAAAGGACUCACUUGUCAGCUCCCUUCAGUUUUGUAAAGCCAAAGAUGCCGAGUUAGCUUGGAUAGAUGGCGUCUUAGACAUGAGAGUUUCCAAAGUGGACACAGGAGUUAUUCUGGAAGAAGGAGAGCUCAAGGACGAUGGAGAAGACUCUGAAAUGCAGGUGGAUGGCCCUUCAGAUUCCAGUGCCAUAGCCCAGCAGAAGGCCAUGAAGAGUCUGUUUGGAGAUGAUGACAAGGAAUUGGGUGAAGAGACUGAGAUCAUCCCCACCCUGGAGCCUUUGCCGCCUCAUGAGGUUCCUGGACAUCAGUCCGUUUUUAUGAAUGAGCCAAGACUAUCUGACUUCAAGCAAGUUCUUUUGCGGGAGGGGAUUCAAGCCGAAUUUGUAGGGGGCGUACUUGUCUGCAACAAUCAAGUAGCGGUCCGCAGAACAGAAACUGGACGCAUCGGGUUAGAAGGCUGCCUUUGUCAAGACUUUUAUAGGAUACGAGACCUUUUAUAUGAACAGUAUGCCAUUGUGUAAAGGACAUGAUGUCAGGAAGUGUCUGCUUGACCUUUCUCAGGAAGAAAGGAUUCUCAUCUGAGGCUAAACUUUCACUGUCUUGUUUUGUAACAUACAAAAAGAAUCUGCCAGAAAACGUGAGCAUGUAUUAGACUUUGAAAAAUAUGAAUCAAGAGCCUGGGGUGUAGCUCAGUGGUAGAGAGCUCUUGCCUAGCAUGUGCAAGGCCCUGGGUUUGAUUCCCAGUACUGAAUAAAAAAAGAAAGAAAAUGUAAAUAAAACCCAUUUUGUAAAUUCUCUACCUUGCAGAAUGCUAGAGGCCUCAUGAAGAGACAGGCUCAGAACUGAAGGUGUUGAUUUCCUCUGCAGAGCCCUUGCUCCAAAGGGUUCAUUACUUGAGAAAAACAGACAAACAGUGCAACCUAGCGGAGCAGUUCAUGGCCUUACAGAAACUGGUGUGGAUGCAUUCGUGCAGACAGUUUCUUAUGUUUUCUGGAAUGAAAAGGGAGAAUUACAUAGAAAAGAUGUGCUAUAAAAGAUAUAAACACAAACAAGAAACUGGUGAAACAUUUUUAAAAAUAGCGUGCUGUGCUGUUCCUCCUUUUUGAACUCUGAUAUGCAGUUGCCUCCACACGGAGUCUCUGCCCUCUACCUUCAUCCUAGUGUGAGGCAGCACACAUGUUUAGUUUAGAAUAAAUGUUUAUUUCUCCCAUUUCUUAUGUAUGAAGAUUUUUUGUUGUUCAAUUUGAAUUUAUAACUUCAUCAUUUGAAUAAAUGUCAUCUAAAAGAAAGCCUUGAAGCUGAGUGUGGUAUGUAUGCCUGUAAUCCCAACAGACUCAGGGAGCUGAUGUAGGAGGAUUGUAAAUUAGAGGCUAGCCUGAGCCUACAUAUUGAGACCCUGUCUCAAAACCUGCAAAAAGAAAGCCUGGUGUGUUUCCAGUUCUGCAUAUAUUUUGUUUAGACACAUUUUAACUGUUGACCAAGCAGCUGUAUUUGAAACUAUCCAAAGCUCUGUUUUUAAAGAACAAAUGUUGACCCUCACAUUUUUAUAAGGUAACAGUGUAAUUUAAUUAAAGGGUAUAAAUGUUUUCCUUUCUUAGCUUGUUUUCUAAGUUUAUGUAAAUAGCGGUUGGAUUUUAUGCUCUAACUACAGAAAUAGUACUUAACUGGGGUAAUUGCCGCUCUUGAUGUCGUACAAAGAAUCCUGCUUAAGAGUAAAAACUGAAAAUAGGCAACUCUAUUCACUUGAACAAUGAACCAUGUUGUCCCAUUGUAGCCUGUUGCUUUAUUUCUUAGAAGGCAGCGUAAUCAAGGCAGUCCUUGAUGCUCGCUGAAGCUGUAAGCCCUCCUCUCUGCACAGUAGCAUUUAGAGAAGUCUCAGUCUUGUUUAACCCAGCGGUCCACUGUCAGACUAGAAUCCACCAGUUAUUCAGUUUCGUGUGCUGACAGAGCCUCUGUUGUGGGUUACAGCACUGAAGCAAGUUUUGUAGCCUUUGAUACUGAAAACGAGAUGUACAGCAUAGUGUUCAGAGACAGGUAAAGAUUGUGCCUUUUUUACCAGUCAUGAAACAUUCCUGGUUUUCCCAUUAUGAUAUAGAGAAAGCCCGUAUUCUGUUUCUAUCCCAGGGGAAGAUAACCUGCACUUAUUACAUGGUAUAAAGUUACCUGUUACAUGGUAAUAUCUAUACCUAAAAUUAUUUCUUGCCUCACCUUUCUGCUGUCCUGUGAACAGGAAUUAAAUUUUAAAGCAGUGCUUGAACAUGGCUGUUCUGCAUAAUGCCUUCAGAGAACAGCACUUCUGCCUGUGUCUAGAUGACAGUAUCCCAAGGUUCCCGAAACGGAGACCUUCAUCACAGCCUCAACUACGUAAGACAAUAGUGAGACAGGUCAUGAGUGUAGAGAAGCUUUGAGAAGCGAGGAUAAAUACAGCAUGUGAGCUAUCAGCUGAUAGCCACAAACAGUUUUCUUAAAAAGAAAUUUUGUCUGGGCAUGAUGGCAUGUGCCUGUAGUUGCAUUGCUUCAUUUAGACCUGGUUGAGGGCCAGCUUGGACAACACGAGACCCUGCUAGAAGGAGGAGAAGAGGGCCUGGCGAUAUAGGUCAGUGAAGAACACUUGCCUAGCAUGUGUGAGGCCCAGGGCUGGAGGUGGGGGUUGCUUGUUGCAUUUGUUGCAAUGCAGUUAUCCAUGUCAAGUAUUGUUGCAGUUAUUUCUAUAUUUUUGUGACUCAGUAGUUGACCUGAAACAAUAGUGAAGAAAACAGUUUUAUAAGGUGACUUGUUCACCUAUUUUUGUGUUUGUGCAGUUUACAUAUCAUAAAAUACUAACUCUUAAAAUACACAAUUCACUGAUUUUGGUGUAUCCAGAAUGUCCAACCACUACUAUGUAAUUCCAGAAUACUUUUUAUCAUUCCAGAAAGAAACCCAGUAACCAUUUGCACCUCAUUUCUCUUCUCCCCAGUCAAUCAUCAAUCUAUCUCCGCUGGACAUUUCAUAAAAAAGAAUCAUGCGGCAUGUGGGCUUUUGUGUCUUCUUUCAUCUCACUUAACCCUUCUUUUUCCAGAUUCAUUAAUGUAGUAAUGCGUUAGCAUCAUUUUUGUUUGCUUUGAGACUUGGUCUUCCAUUGUAUAGCUCAUGCUGGUUUCAGACUCAUAAUCCUCCUGCCUCUAGAAUGCUGGGAUUAUAGGUGUACACUCUCCGUAUCCAUUUUACGGUUAUGUGCUGCUCCGAUGUCUGAUGCCAUGGUCAUCAGUUGCUGUACGUUGAGUGGUUCCUAGUUUUUGGCUGCUAUAUAAAGUGUUGCUUUGAACACUCUUGUGCAAGACUUUUAAAAAUAUAAACAUUUGUAUUUCAAAUUUUCUUGUGUGUAUGCUUAAGAAUUGGCUUGCUGGACCAUAUGGUAACUCUGGGUAACCAUAUAAGGAACUAUGGACUGUCUUUUGAAGUAGCUGUGCCAUUUUGUGUUCUCACUGGCAUACGUGUAAGGGUUCCGUUUUGGUCACAUGUAUUCUUGACUCCAUCUUCUAUUCUUACCAUCCCUAGCAUGUGAGGAGGUAUUGCCUGGAGGUUUUACUUUGUAUUUUGUUAA